GAAUUUGCUCCUCAUCCUCUCCUCUACUGGGUGAGGCGUUGCAGGGAGUUCGCGCUCGCGAAGAAGACUGACGAAGCACAAGGUUGCUUGGACCGGAUCAACAGCAGCUUGGAAUACGAGCUUGCGCAGAUCCGCGAUUCAUUUCGCCGCUUUGACCACGACGGAUCUGGGCACUUGGACACCCAAGAGUUCAAGUUCAUGUGCGCGUACAUUGGAUGGGGUGAGGAAGAAGCCAGUGUCAUGGAUUUGGACAACGACAGCAAAGUGACGCUGGACGAGUUCCAACGAUUCGUGGGGCACAUGGGUGGCCUGCAACAGCUUUUCCAACAGCGUCGCCAGCGUGUGGCUCGGAAACAAUGGGGUGUGGAAGCUCCUGCCAUCAUUGAGGUCGGUGCCCGUGUCCAGGCAUACCACCACACGGAGGACGGACAGAAGUCGGCGAACUUGAGGGAGGCCCAGGUUCUCGAGCUCAACGUCAUGCCCAGCAACGGUGAGGCGGCCUGGUUGCAAUUGCGUUAUGGCAAUAGCAGGGGCUGGUCUUCGGCUUCGGAGAAGGGCGAGAUGCUCGUCAAGAGCGUCAGGUGGUUCCGCCGAAUUGGAUCUUCAGUGAUACACGUGACAGUGACAGCAAGGUUGCAGAGGCUGAAAGCUUAUUCCCAUGAGAGCCAGUGCGGUGACGUGGUGGCAGCGUUGCGCGAGGUAGGAAUUCUUGAGGAGCAACAGGGCUUCUGGGCAUCGAUCUUCCCGGAGUCGGAGAUGCGAGCAGUACAGCGCGCGGCCCUGGCCAACGUUCGAGCCAAUGCAGCGCUGAAUCACGACAAGGCCCUCCCCGAAGUCCGGGAACGCUUUACAAGGCUUGGCUACGGCGAGGCAGAGCUGCAGGGCGUGCUGGGCUGGAUCCAGGACUUGGCUCCCAUGUGCGUCCACAUCCACAUCGGAACCGUCGGAAGGUUCUUGGAGACCGACGAGUACUACCGGAGCCAGUUUGAGACAGGAACUUCUUGUGGUGCUUUAGAUGACAAGAACCAGAUCCGCAUAGGCUGGGAGACGGAGCUUUUCGGUGGCGCCUACGAUGAAGCUAAGCCUUUCGAGCGAUGCAAGUACGGAGCGCUCGGGGUGAUGAACGACUACAGAGGCAUCACCUCAGCCUACCAGUACGGUGACUCCUACCUGGUUUUGAAGGAUGUGCGGCUCCGUGCCACCUUUGCGGCAACAGACUCCGGGGGUAUCGCAGGAUCAAGGCUGGCAGUCUUGGACAAGUAUGCCCAUGUGUUGAAAGAGUACAACGACAAUGAACUCCAUCGGCUCAUAGAGGUGGCUAUGGCAAAUACGUCCCUGGACGAUGUUCCUCGGAUUCAGCCUCAGCUGCUGCGUGGCCUGACGGCGGACACCACGAACGAAUGGGUCACCAUGGGCUUCCCCGACCUCCCUCAAAAGAAAGGCCGCUACUACUUCGAGAUUGAGCUCAUCCGCGGGUGCCAGUCUCCACAGGUGGGCUUGCUCUCCAGCCGCUUCGAGCUCGCCCCUCGCACCAAGGGCCAACAUCUCUACGGCGUAGGGGAUGAUGCACACGGAUGGGCCGUGGAUGGGCAGCAGCUCUGUGGCAAGUGUUUUGAGACUGUGGCUUGGGGGGUUUUAGCAUGA